CGCGGUUUUCCAGUACAAAAACCAAAAGAAAGAGCCCCGCGACCUAGUGGAGAGGCGGUACACUGGUGGUGGUGGGGGUGGUGUGGUGGGGGACGCGACGCGACGAGAUGCCUCGGGAGACGCCGCCGCCGCCGCCGCCGGAGGGCGGCGAGGUGCACGAGGUGGUGGAGGGGGAGGACGGGCAGGCGGAGGACCAGGAGGAGAGGUGGGCGCGGCUGCUGCCGGAGCUGAUGUCCGAGGUGGUGCGGCGCGUGGAGGCGUCCGGGGGCGAGCGUUGGCCCGCGCGGAAGGACGUGGUCUCCUGCGCCUGCGUGUGCCGGCGGUGGCGGGACGCUGCCGUCGCCGUCGUGCGGCCGCCCGCGGAGUCCGGCAAGAUCACCUUCCCGUCCUCGCUCAAGCAGCCAGGGCCAAGGGAGUUCCCAAUGCAAUGUUUCAUUAAGCGGAAUAAGAAGAACUCUACGUUCUACCUCUACCUUGGUUUGACAAAUGCAACUGUGGAUAAAGGGAAGUUCCUCAUGGCUGCUAGAAGGUUUAGACGUGGUCCCCAUACCGAGUACAUCGUAUCCCUUGAUGCUGAUGACCUUUCACAAGGAAGCAAUGCAUACAUGGGGAAACUGAGAUCUGAUUUUUGGGGGACAAACUUCAAAAUAUAUGAUAGCAAGCCACCAUAUGAUGGCGCUAAAGCAUCAAGUAGUCGAUCCAGUCGGCGUUUUGGAAGUAGAAGGAUAAGUCCCCAAGUGUCAGCAGGAAACUAUGAAGUUGGACAGGUUUCCUAUAAAUACAACCUGCUCAAAUCCAGAGGUCCUAGGAGAAUGUAUUGUGCACUUGAGUGCCCUUCAACUCAAGAGACAUGGGAAAACUGUCUAAAGACGAAGUUCAGAAAACCCACAGGGAACACAGUUCUAAGAAACAAAGCUCCCCGCUGGCAUGAGCACUUGCAGUGCUGGUGCUUGAACUUCCAUGGGCGGGUGACAGUUGCAUCUGUCAAGAAUUUCCAACUAGUUGCUGCUGCUGAUCCCAAUGAUCCUGCUAGCUCGAAGGAUGAGGAAACAGUUCUGUUGCAGUUUGGUAAGGUCGAUGACAAUAUCUUCACGAUGGAUUACCGGCAGCCACUCUCAGCGUUUCAAGCCUUUGCUAUCAGCCUCAGCAGCUUUGGUACCAAGCUAGCUUGUGAAUAGCAACAUAGUUUGAUGUCCUCAUAUUGCCAUCUGGUUGUGGUUGUGGAUGCAUGCCGUUGUGGUUGUUCCCGGCAUUUUUCUUCUUUCAUUUCUUUCCUUUUUACUCUGGAUAUCAAGGUACUAUUCAUAUCCUGUUCUUGUGCGGGAAAUGUACCAUUUUACCAAAUGGAUUUAGCUCCGAGAAGGAAAUUGUGUUGUAAAACUUUUGCUUUUUAAGUGAAAGCAGAAGGCAGUCUGUUGUACAUAAGUUCUUGAUGAAGUGAUGAUACCUUUUUUACUUUUGGCUGGACAUUUACUCCGUACCUGUAUGAAUAGAUUGGCUCGCUUAUUUC